AUGACGAUGAGUCAACUGUCUGUCAUUAAACUUUAUAAUACCGUAGUAGACGAUGUGAUAGCCGGAGUAAGAGACUGCUUUUUAGACGAUGGUGUGGAUGAGCAAGUUUUGCAAGAAUUAAAACAAUUAUGGAAAACAAAGCUCACCGCAAGUGGAGCUAUGGACCCACCACAACCUAAUACUUCUAUUUGUCCGCCUCCACCUCCAGUGAUUCAAAACUUUCAAAAAGCUAACGGGAACAAUGCGAUUCCAAAACGCUCUGAUACUCACAUGGCUCAGCAAAGCUCAAGCCAACAGAGUACUAUUGUAGACCAUGGAAAUUCAGCUUCGAAUGUUGCUGGCGCACAUCCACACCAUGUAUUGGACCCUAAUAACAAAGUACCAGUACAAUUAACAUUACCAGCUCAGCCUGGAGUGCCAGGAUCACAACCACGCUCAUUUACAAUUCAGAUACCAGCAUCAGCACUUAACGGAAACAAAUUACACCAGGUAUUGACCGGGCCUAUCAUCAAUGCUACAAUAAGUUUACCUCAACCUUUAGCUGCAACUCUACUUCAACAACACAUAAAUUCAGCUCUUGCUGGUCAGCAAAGUGACUUUGAUGGUGGUGGAGGUGGCCGCAGCAAUGCCGCACCAUUUUCUCUUGAUGGUGCUAUGGAUUCUUCUGAUGACGAAGGUUCGAAUGUUGGAGAUGGAUCGGAAGAUUGUGGAGCUGAUGAUGAUGAGGAUGAGGAAUCAGCAGAAGAGCGUGCGGAAGAGGAAGAAGAAGAAAGAGAUGAAAGCGGAGGGGCUGAAGAAGAACCCCUUAACUCGGGUGAUGAUGUGUCUGAUGAAGAACCCGGUGAUAUGUUUGACACCGACAAUGUGGUUGUAUGUCAAUAUGAUAAGAUUACACGCAGUCGUAACAAAUGGAAAUUCUACCUUAAAGAUGGUAUUAUGAAUUUGGGUGGCAAGGAUUUUGUUUUCCAAAAAGCAAAUGGUGAUGCUGAGUGG